GGGCCGGACGGGAGCGGGAACGGCCGGCCACGGAAAGCUGUUCACCCUUUGCGUCCGGCGAGCAGCCGAGAGAGCGCAGUCUGGGUGCGGAGCUCCGACGCUGCCCUGCCCCCGAUUUCAUUCCGCGGUGGGGGGCUCGGCGAGCGGAAUGCUGGCCGCUGCCGCGACUCCGGUCCAAGGCAAGGACAGCAUGAAUGGUUCCUGAAUGUACAUUUUGGCAUUUAUUCAGCCAUUCAUUUUUGAUUAGGAGAAAGAAGACAGCCUUCCACUUGAAUGGUAAAUCUUCAGUGGAUCUUCAGAGGGAGUGGUGGAUUUUCUGAAUUUCAAUAGCAGUAAAGUAGAACAUAGCAGAAAGGGUAGAAAAAAAAAGACAAUAGAUUGGAAAAAGACUGGUGAAGAAAAAUAACAUAAUUCAGGUAUCCCAUUGAGUUCUUUGGAAUGCACAAGUGUGUCUGGUUGGAAAACUCAUGAAGUAGAAGACAAGACCUGCCUCAGGAAACGUACAUGAGAAUAAAUUUAAAGGAACCUAUUGAUAAAUGCGAAACCGUAGCUGUUGGAGGUGAUGAAAAUAUACUGGAACAGUGGGAGAAGCGGGUAAUUUAUAGGAAACCAAGAUGACAAGAAUUUUUUUAAAUAAUCAAAGGAAGAAUCUUGUCCAAAAAUGAGGUGAAUUAAUGCUUAAGCACGCAGGAACCCCAGACAGCUACAUGACGUGUUUAAAAACUGCCCGAUCGUCUUGCCACACUAGUCUCUGUCAUGAGGCCUGACAGGAUGAACACAUCACAGAGGGACAGUGUCCUGACCUGUAGGAACCGAGGCUGCUGACCUGCGGGAUCAAGCUGGGGACUGCCUACUGUCUGCCAGUACAAUGAAGGAAGUGGUUUAUUGGUCACCCAAGAAGGUGGCAGACUGGCUGCUGGAGAAUGCUAUGCCAGAAUACUGUGAACCUCUGGAACAUUUCACAGGCCGGGACUUGAUAAACCUAACGCAAGAGGAUUUCACAAAGCCCCCGUUGUGCCGAGUCUCUUCUGACAAUGGGCAGCGACUCUUGGACAUGAUCGAGACCCUAAAAAUGGAACACCACAUGGAAGUGCACAAGAACGGCCAUGCCAAUGGGCACCUCAGCAUUGGCACAGACAUCCCCACACCUGAUGGUAGCUUCAGCAUCAAGGUCAAACCCAAUGGGAUGCCAAAUGGGUAUAGAAAGGAGAUGAUAAAGAUCCCCAUGCCAGAACCAGAGCGUUCUCAGUACCCCAUGGAGUGGGGCAAGACGUUUCUGGCCUUUCUAUACGCACUUUCCUGUUUCGUUCUCACCACAGUGAUGAUCUCGGUCGUCCAUGAACGAGUACCUCCUAAGGAGGUGCAGCCUCCACUACCGGACACAUUUUUUGACCAUUUUAACCGGGUGCAGUGGGCCUUUUCUAUUUGUGAAAUUAACGGCAUGAUCCUUGUAGGACUCUGGUUAAUUCAGUGGCUGCUCCUAAAAUACAAGUCUAUUAUUAGCAGAAGAUUUUUCUGCAUAGUUGGCACGCUGUACCUGUAUCGGUGUAUUACAAUGUAUGUAACUACACUACCAGUACCCGGCAUGCAUUUCAACUGCUCUCCGAAGCUUUUUGGAGACUGGGAAGCCCAGCUGCGGAGAAUAAUGAAGCUCAUUGCUGGUGGUGGCUUGUCUAUCACUGGCUCUCACAACAUGUGUGGGGACUAUCUGUAUAGCGGCCACACAGUCAUGCUCACACUCACCUACUUAUUUAUCAAAGAGUAUUCCCCUCGACGACUGUGGUGGUACCACUGGAUCUGCUGGCUUCUCAGCGUGGUUGGAAUCUUCUGUAUUCUCUUAGCACAUGACCACUACACUGUGGAUGUGGUGGUGGCAUAUUACAUCACCACGAGACUCUUCUGGUGGUACCACACCAUGGCCAAUCAGCAAGUGCUAAAAGAAGCUUCCCAGAUGAACCUCCUGGCCAGGGUAUGGUGGUAUAGGCCAUUUCAGUACUUUGAAAAGAAUGUCCAAGGAAUUGUGCCUCGAUCUUACCAUUGGCCCUUCCCCUGGCCGGUAGUCCACCUUGGUAGGCAAGUUAAAUACAGCCGGUUGGUGAACGACACAUAACAGCUGUACAGAGUGGGGAAAGAGGAACUGUCCUAAGUGCUAAGAACUCCAUGAGAGAAGAUGCCAUAAAAUAAACACCUCCCUAAUCCUGUUCUCUUUCAACAGUUACCUUGACUUAACCUAUUGAUUUACCUGGUCAGCACUGUGAUCUUUUUUUCCUCUCCAAAGGACCUGCGUUGGACAACAAUAAAGAAAAUUUAACCUAUCAUGCACUGUACACAUAACCCUGUUCAUAAGUUUGGGAUUUACAUAACCUGCGACCACCAUGUUCCUUUGUAUAUGAUGCAACAGCAUAAAUGUAAGCUUUUAUAUCAUAAGUUCUGGUCUUUCCAGGCACAUCUGGAAAUAAAGCGUAUUAUUUUCUUGGGAAAACAUACUUUCAUAUCUCUUGCCCCAAAUAUUGGGCUGUAAGCCAUUUUCUAGUAAAUGUCUCUAUGAAGGUUUCUAAAUACCUGAAUGGGGUUUGAUUCUGAAAUCUUUCUACCUGUUGCACCGAUAUUCAAAUAAAAAUGACAGACACAGAAAGGUUUGGUAACUUUGGGUUUUGUAAAAAUCAGCAGAGACAGUAUGUCAAAAAGUGCAAAAAAGGAUUCUGUUACAAAGUGAUUUUAUAAGUAUUUCCUAACUUUAUUUUUCAAAUGAUAUUAUGAAAACCAAAUUUAAAGAUUUUUACAUGUCAGAGAGAAGAGAGUUGAAAUUUAAAAAUGCUUCUUGGGAGAGAAAUUUGUCUAUGUUUCUAGUGCCUUUCUUGUCUUGAUUGUAUGGUCAGUAGGCAAUCUUAAUGUUUUUAUUUAAAAUAAAGUAUUCCAUGAAAAUAUAAAUAUGUGUAUACACUACUAAAUUUUGCAUUUAUAGCUAAAUUAAAUCAGAAGGCUGCUUAUGGUUUUUAAAUUGCUAUGAAUGAAUUAAAGAUUGGGGAGUUAAUUAGAAAGUCAGAGCCUGUUCCCAUAUUGUGAGCAGGUGGCUACCAUGUACCACUUGAAUUAUUUUAUCUCCUAUUUGGUAGUUCAAUUUUAACUAUACUAUGAAAACAGCCAUGAAUACUUUUUUUUUAAGGAGAGUUUUGAAAAUGAUCACUUAACUAAAACUUGAAAGCUAUAAAUUAGUUUAUCCAUACUCUCAUGACAAUUUUGUUGAUGAACAACAGAACAGAGAUCUAUUUCUUUAAAAUAUAUUUGUGCAGAAACUGCAUGUAACUCUAAGUUUACUCCUAACAUAAGUAUGUUUGGGGAAGUAUUCUAUUCUAUACUUGCCAAUGUGGAGAACAAAAUAGUUUUAUAAGAAUGAAGAAGUAUAUCUAUCCAUUCUGUAUUUUACGUGCAGCAGAAUUAUCUUCCGUAGGACUUUUUUGUGUAUUCACAAGGUGAUAUUUGUAUUGUAAAACAAUAAUGGUGAAGGAAAUAAAAAGGCUUUUAAAUUUUGUUUGUUUUAAAUCUUUGUAAAGUUAUUAUUUCAGAGAGUAUACUGAUACCUUAACAGCUUACCUAGAUCAUAAAUUAAUCAAAAUGCACUUUUUAAUAAAAACUGAUACCUAAAAUAAGUGGCUGUUAUUUCUAA